AUGCUGUACGAGAACAACAUCAACAUUGUCGACGCAGACGUAUUUGCAACAGUCAGUAAUUUGAAUUUCCUUCGAUUUUCGGACAACAUCAUUCAACAUUUUCCCAGCCAUUUCAACAUAACCAGCAAGAACUUCCGCUACUUCCAACUCUUCGGACACCACACAUCCAUCCCCGACGAAAUGUUAUCAAAUCUGCCGGUUUUACGGGACGUUGACAUUCGCUGCAAUUUAGAAUCGGUGCCGGAAAAUUUAUUCAAAGGCUCGUACAAUCUCAACAUUGUGAAUUUAACUGGCAAUCGAUUGACUGACCUACCCGAAAAUCUGCUAGCCAAUCAGACGGCCCUCUUCCACUUGUAUUUGGACAAAAAUCGUUUCGAAGUGCUACCAGAAAAUCUAAUCAAGAACUUGAUGACCAAACCGACAUGGGUAUCUCAAGUGUUGUUCGUUUUCAGUUUCAAAUCAAAUCGAAUUCAAAGCAUCAGCGAAGACGACUGGAAAUGGCUAUUGGGUAAAGAUGGCGAGUACAAUUUUUCCGAUAAUUUGCUGUCCGAUUUUAGCGUUUUUAACAACAUUGGCGAUACGUUUGUGCACAGCAAAAGUUUCUUCAUUUUUAACGAUAAUCCGAUAAUUUGCGAUUGUGAGAAAAUUGCUUCAUUGAGAAAUUACUUAAAGAAUGAGAAGCGUAUCUGGCGCUUCUCGUACGAAUCGAAUGAUGCAAAAUGUGCUAGUCCAGCCGACCUACAAGGUAUUGAAGUGGCUGAUGUUCAAUGUAAUUGA